CAUUUACAAGUACACUUACACAUCGUUUAGCGAAUCACCUAGGCCAUCCUCUGAAUAAAUAUACGCCUAAUUUUAACGUUAAAUAUGAACAACUAAAGUACAUUAAAUGUGUGCAGAGGCUGUGAAGUAGGCAAAUGGAGACUAUUCGUUUCCAUAAUUUGCUUAUUUUAAUUGUUUCGUUAUAGCCUACGUUGAUGAACGUUAGAGAGGGCGGAGCUAACACAUCCUUGAUUCAAGAAUGCCCAUUUUCUGCGAUUCGUUUCAAAAGAUUCGUUGUAGAAGGCAUAUAUCAUCAAGUGAUUGUAGUAGCCAGUAUGUCCCGGGUAUGAAAUGAAAUCAAAAGUGGCCUACAGCGACCCAAGUUUGCUAUUCAUCUUCAAUAAAAGAGAAUGUAUGGAUAUAUCUUCUUUGGAUUCAGCUGUCUCUAUACUUAAUUUAAAAAAGUCUGACGAAGGUCUAUAUGGAUGCAAAGUUAAAUGGAAAGGGGGUGGCAGUUCUCAGGGGAAUCUGCAAUCCCUGAUCCUCACAGCCCCCGAGAGGAGCGAGUGGCACAGGGCGCUGGUCCUUGUGUCCGCCUUACUUUGCACCCUCUUACUUCUGCUGAUGGCUCGUUGUCUGAGCUCAGGGCCCCACCCUGUUCAGACGCGCUGCACUCUGGAUACAUUCCGAUACAAUCAGAUCCCACAACCUCUCCCCCGAUGCCCGAUACCACAGACAAACAAUUCCCGGCUUUCUAAAGUUUCCUCAAAGCCAGAGGAACAACGAAGGACAAGCAGUGAGCUCGUGUACGCUGAUGUCGCACUUGGUGCUUCACGUGAGCCACAAAUAGUCCAGGAGCCUAGCCAGUCCAUCAUCUAUUCCUCCGUAAGGCACGGUGCCGGGGCUGCGAUGUGAUGCUUCAGGACCCCCCUCAAGGGCGGCAUCACCGGUGGUCCAUGUCAUGCUGUUUGUGGGAGUCUGGCUCUGCCAUGUUGUGCUGGAUUAUAUGGCGUUACUUCAAUUGUGUUUUUAGUUUAGUUAAAUGAAUCAAAAGUUUGAACUACACACUUAAAUAAGCUAACAUGUUUAGCAGAUCACUUCAAGUGUUCGUUUUCGACAGCUAUCAACAAAACCCACUACAAACCCAUCAGACAACUCUCUAAAAGUAUGGUAUGAGGCUGGCUUCAUCUGGUUUAACCAGGAAAUGCUUGGACAUUCCGGAAAUAGUGUGUAUCGAUCACUUUAGAAAAUCCACCCUCUCGUUGGUUGCAUAAUACCACCUCCCCUUCUCCACAGCUCGGCAGAGGGAUUUUGUAUUCUUUGUUUUAAUUGUGUGUGGCAAAAUUCACUUUAUUGUAUUGAACAGGCUACAUUUUCCCACAGAUUGGAACGUUUUAUAAUAUGUGCUUGUUCUGCGUGACAAUUAUGUGGGAUUGAUGAUGUAACACAUACCAUUGAGUGAAAAACAACACAUACAAUAUGACACAAAAUACAACAUUUUAUUUCAGAAUAAACUCUCAAUGGCACAUUACAACCAAAUAUACAUAUACAUUUUUUAGGCCUCUAAUAAAUUAAUGUAUAUUUAAUUAUUUCGUUAAUAUCUUUCAUUAGCAUACUCAGCAGUUACAUUUAUUUUACAUGACAUCAAUGCAACAAAAGGCAUAACUGAAUAAAUUACAGAGAGAAGGCUGUGUAGGCAAUACCCGCUACAAUGAUAAAGACAUAGGACUUGUUAUUCGUCAAUUGCUCCUAUUCUCACCUGCUGUUCAAAAUUGUAACCUCUACUGUGGACAAUAAUAAAACAAAGAGGCCUUCAGUGUGUAUACAUGUGUACACACAAACAGUGUUGCUAUCUGGGACUGUUUGCUUGUUGAGUACUUCUCCAGAAAGGAAAGUACCCUGAACUUACACUUCCUAGCCAGCAGCCGUUUCCUUUAAAAUUACUCUCGCAGGCCUACUUCCCUGAGGGAGGAAAUGAUUAACCCUCUCUGAAAGAAACAGUGAAUUAUUUCACAAUUAUUGUAGCCUGCCUCGGAAUCUGUAUUUCUCAAAUACAUUUUUGAGUUAUUUGGUCAAAUUACGAAAAUAGCUUUCCCCUUCCUUUGCUGCUUGUGCUUGCAAUGUUUAUUUUACACCCCUCUGGGUUAAACGAGACUGCACUCAAGAGCUAUUCACUAUUCUGUUAUUUUUUUCCGUAGUCGCCCGCAAUUGCCUUUUGCAAAUCUGUUCAGAGAAAUGUUGAGCUUAGCUUAAAACUCACAAAGCGUUAAUAAUAUGCAUGAUCCUAUGUGCUUCUAUUAAAGCUCCCAAGUCCGGUGUUUUAGACAGAUGUUCAAUCUGGUCGAAAAACCAUAGAAUGCCACAUCAAGUUCAACUCUCCCACGUGGUGGGUCGAUUAGAACUGCAAAGAUUACAUCAAACAUUAACACAGAUACAAGUACGUAUAGCUGCAUUUGGGAUGUAUUUUCCUAACAUGGUUUCAGAAUGUGCAACGAGGAUCUGCAGCAUAUUUCGUGCUAAACUCUCAUAAGUACUACGACCAGGUCCAAAUGUACCUCUACUUCCUAAAUGAGAAGCAAAAGAGGAAGGGAGCAAGGGAGAGAGAGACGAGACCGAUGCUGAAAGUGUGUUUUUAGAUAGAUUGUAAGGCGCAACUUUGGCUAAAAUAAGGUAAUGGCACAAUAGGAUGGAUUGUAUAGUUUUAAGAUAGCUAUUGAUUUGAUGAGCACUAACAGACUCCCUCCUUCCUAAAGAACCUCCAUGAAAGGGUACUUCAAUUAUGUUGCACAAGCAAUAAGCUUAUUUUAGCAUGGCUUGAGUGUGAGGUUCACUGUACUCAUGAUGUCACAAACAGAACCGGACCACUUGGAGGCUCACAAAGAGCUAAAGGUCUUCAGAUAGGGCAGGGGAAAGGGCUAGGGGGUUAGGAAGAAGUGCUGCUUCUGUGCAGUAUGCUACAGUGUGUGUUUGUGUAGAUCAUGUAUGGUGUGUGUACUGUAUGUGUGUUAUAUAAGCAAGUAUGGGUGUUAUGUAUGGUAUCGUUUUGGGAUGUUUUUAUAUUGGGAUUCUUUCUGAUAUACCAUUACAGGGAGACAAAGGAAAAAGUUGAUUCUUCUGGUGUUUUUGUAGUUGAUAUAGCAUUUGUUAUUUGUAUAAAUUAAUCCACAUUUAACACGACAAGUAACAGUUCAGCCAUAGUCUCUCCUUAAUUGAUCCGUAAAUCCCCUGUUUGCGUACCUCUAGGCUAGACAGUCCUGCCCAUUCCACACUCACAGUUGACAAAUGGCUUGUAUGUAUGUGUGAACAACGACAGUUUUAUUGGCAACUGGAAAGCAGCCUGUGGCGAUACCAUCAGUUAGGCAUUAACAUUGAUAUCUGUAGCUAAGGAUAAAAGCGACACUUGCGCUCCAGUUUGUCUUGAAUAUACUCUCACAGUAUUCACCAGCAGACCCCCUGCGUACAGACGGUGCGUCCGUCUCUCAGAGGGAUGCCGCUUGGCUUAGUGAAGUGCGUUGACAGUGGGCUUAUACAGUCGUCUGUGGUACUCUUUUGUUUGUUGAACGCUAGGAUAGCUCCUUGAGCCUUGUUGUUUCCCAAUGUUGAGAAACAGUCUGUAGUUCCGCUUCAUCGGUCUAAUCAGACUAAUAAGAAUAGCAACAGGAAGGAAGGAUAGAAAGGUUUAGCAGAAGUUAAAAAGUUGCACAAGAGUGAUAGUGUCAUUAUGUUCUUCACUUCAAAAUUGAAUUUUUAUCAACAUUUCUCUCAAAAGAUAUUGUACAAGAUCUCCCCGUCCCAAUUAAAAUGCCUAACGUCUUAGGUCUGGGUUACAAUGCAAACACAGAUUUCCCGGAGGAAGCUGUCCAGCUGAACUGAAGGCAGCAGAACUCACCGUAGAGGAGUGGCUCAGCUUGUCAAAUCGAAACUUCAAAUUUGACCUGGGAGACGUCUUAGUUUUCACAUCUGGAAAGACAAGAGUGAUGCAAAAAAUAGAAUCAAUAUAAUAAAUUGCUAAAGAAACGU